AUGCCGGGGCUGGGGCUCCUCUCCCAGAGCUGCAGGAUCGAUGACAGCAUCGCCAGCCUUGUUAUCACGCAGCUGCUGUUCCUGCAGUCGGAGAGCAACAAGAAUCCCAUCCACAUGUACAUCAACAGCCCUGGUGGCGUGGUGACUGCAGGCCUGGCCAUCUAUGACACGAUGCAGUAUAUCCUGAACCCCAUCUGCACGUGGUGCGUGGGCCAGGCCGCCAGCAUGGGCUCCCUGCUCCUGGCUGCGGACAGCCCGGGCAUGUGCCACUCGCUGCCCAACUCCCGCAUCAUGAUCCACCAGCCGUCUGGGGGCGCCUAGGGCCAAGCCACAGACAUUGCCAUCCAGGUGGAGGAGAUCCUGAAGCUCAAGAAGCAGCUGUACAACAUCUACGCCAAGCACACCAGGCAGAGCCUGCAGGUGAUCGAGUCGGCCAUGGAGAGGGACCGCUACAUGAGCCCAAUGGAGGCCCAGGAGUUCGGCAUUAUCGAUGACAGCGUCGCCAGCCUUGUUAUCACGCAGCUGCUGUUCCUGCAGUCGGAGAGCAACAAGAAUCCCAUCCACAUGUACAUCAACAGCCCUGGUGGCAUGGUGACUGCCGGCCUGGCCAUCUACGACACGAUGCAGUAUAUCCUGAACCCCAUCUGCACGUGGUGCGUGGGCCAGGCCGCCAGCAUGGGAUCCCUGCUCCGGGCCGCGGGCAGCCCGGGCAUGUGCCACUCGCUGCCCAACUCCCGCAUCAUGAUCCACCAGCCGUCUGGGGGCGCCCGGGGCCAAGCCACAGACAUCACCAUCCAGGCGGAGGAGAUCCUGAAGCUCAAGAAGCAGCUCUUCAACAUCUACGCCAAGCACACCAGGCAGAGCCUGCAGGUGAUCGAGUCGGCCAUGGAGAGGGACCGCUACAUGAGCCCAAUGGAGGCCCAGGAGUUCGGCAUUUUGGACGAGGUCCUGGUCCACCCUCCCCAGGACGGUGAGGACGAGCCCUAGCUGGUGCAGAAGGAGCCCGUGGUGGUGGCAACGGUGGCAGAGCCUGUCCCAGCAAGCUCCUGAGAGCUGAGCCUCAUCUCCAGAGUCACGGUGAGGGGCCGGGUGCAGCCAGACCCCUACGUGAGCCCUGCUGACCCCUCGCUGCUGAGCCUGGAGAGGCCCCUUGAGGAACUUUGGAUCCGAGGGAUCCCCCUGUGGGUGGGGCAGCCUGGCUGAGACACUGUGAUUUUAAAUUAAACCUCUUGUGUUCUUUGAAAAAAAAAAAA